GUGAAAUAGCAAAAAAAAAAAACAGAACAAGGAACUUUCUCAAAGUCGACACGUGUGACUCAUCUAACCCCAUAUGGCUGUGAUCACAUCUUUACCAUUCCCUCCGCCGUUAUUGAAGCGCCACACGCGAACAAUCACGAUCUGCUCCAAAUCACCAAAACCAAUGGCGAAGAACGAGGGAGAAGCCACGAAGCGCGUCGUCGUAUGCGGCGGAGGCGUAAUCGGCGUCUGCACAGCUUACUUCCUCUCGAAGAAAGGAAUCUCCGUCACUCUCGUCGAGAAAUCCGCCGUCGCCUGCGCCGCCUCCGGUAAAGCAGGAGGCUUCCUCGCUCUCGACUGGUGCGACGGAAGUCCGGUCGAGUCCUUGGCACGUGCCAGCUUCGAACUCCAUCGAUCCCUCGCUGAGGAGCUAAACGGCGUCGAAUCGUACGGAUACAGACCUCUAACCACUCUUAGCCUAACGGUUACAGAGUCAAAACGCACCGUCUCGGGAGGUUUGGGUUUAAGUUUACCGAGUUGGGUCAACGGCCCAGUUAAAAGCCCAUCUACGAUCGGCACGACGCAGACGACAGCGCAGGUGCAUCCUCAGCUCUUCACGAGGAAGCUGUUGUCGACGGCGAGGGAGAGGUACGGUGUGGAGGUUGUGAUUGGGAAGUUUGAAGAGGUGAGAGUGGGAGGACAUGGGCGAGUUGACUCGGUUGUGCUUGAAGGUGGGCGAGUUUUGGAAGCUGACGCGGUUGUGCUUGCGAUGGGACCUUGGUCUGGUAAGGUAGAGAUGUUGUCUUCGGUUUUUAAGGUGUUUGGUACGAAAGCUCAUAGCAUUGUUCUUGAACCGAAUGAGACAAACGCUAUAACACCUCAUGCUCUGUUCUUAACUUAUCAUCUUUCUGACGGUGGUCGAGCUUUGGACCCUGAAGUAUAUCCUCGUCCCACAGGGGAAGUGUACAUAUGUGGAAUGUCAUCACAAGAAGAAGUACCUGAUGAUCCAGAUGAGGUGACAAGCAAUCCUGAAUCCAUAGAGGUUCUGAAAAGAGUAGCUAAAACAGUUUCGAGCUAUCUAAACGAAGAAAACGCUCAAGUGAAAGCAGAGCAAGCUUGUUUCUUGCCUAGCACCGAAGAUGGAGUCCCUGUGAUCGGAGAGAUUCCGGGUAUUAAAGGUUGUUAUGUAGCCACAGGGCAUAGUUGUUGGGGGAUUCUGAAUGGUCCAGCCACUGGGUGUGCAUUAGCUGAGCUUAUUGUAGAUGGUGUAGCCACGAGUGUUGAUCUUACCCGGUUUAGUCCUUCCCGGUUUAGCAAAAUAAGAUGAAGGGUGUAGUAAACUUUCUAUCCUUAAUACUUUUGGUGAAGAGCAGAAACAGAGAUGAAGCCAAAUCUUGUUGGAACUUGGAAGUUUUUCUAUACUUAAGUAUGAUGAGUAUGAGGUGAACAUCAUAGGAACCAGCUAACUUAAAUACUGGCGUCUAUCAAACCAGGCUAACAUGAUGAUCUAAUUGAACUUUGAACCCAUUGUGUGCCUAAACGAAG